UUUUAUAAUAUUGGUGUUUCAUUUGUUGCAACACAUCGAAGAAAAGUUUUCUCGCAUAGCAGCUUUUAGAGGAUUCUGCAAUUAAACUUUCAAAUAAGAUGGGAAGCAAAGCGGCUCACUUGAAAGUAUUCGUCGACAAGAAGAAGAAAAAAGUGAUGUUUGCAGAAGCAGAAGAAGACUUUGUUGAGAUCCUUUUCAGUUUUCUCACUUUGCCUCUUGGAACAAUUGCAAGACUCUCAAGCAAGCAUGAAGGCACAAAGGAUGUAAAAGUUGGAAGCUUGGAUUCUCUUUAUAGAAGUAUUGAGAAUCUAGAUAAUAAGCAUUUCUCCAACGAGCAUUGCAAGAUUGCGCUCGUUAGUCCAAACAGUUCUUCGAGUUCUCUUUGCCAGAAGCUGAAAGUAAAUUUGAACAACAUGAAGCCAGUUGAGGCGCGUGUCAGUGAUAGUCCUGGCGAAGUGGUGUUUUUCAAGGAAAAAACAUCUUUCAUCAUCACUGAUGAUCUCAAUGUAAUACCCGUCAAGCUCGACACAAGCAUCACACUCCUUAAUUUUCUUGGUAUCGAAUACAUUGAUUUGCUAGAAGAGAAAAACUUCGAUUUUGAUUAUGAUAAGUUUUCAUGUCUACUCAAGUGGUCAUUGGUGACAAAUACUCCUUUAACAAAUUUUGUUUUUGAGGGAACUAAACCAUGCUCUUGCUUCUGCUCAUGCCCAUCUUGCAUCAAAACUUCUUCAACAAGUGAUAUACCUUUGAUUUCAAGUUGCCCUACUCAACGUCAGACGGUGAAGUUAUUGAUCCAGAAAUCAAAGAAGAAGGUAUUAUGUGCACAAGCUGAAAACUUUUUUGUGGAAAUGCUCUUCAGCUUCCUAACAAUCCCGUUAGGGAACGUAAAGCGUUUAAUAACGGAUAAUUCGUCUCCAACGGGCAUAGAUAAUAUGUAUAAUAGUGUUUCAAGUUUGGGAGAUAGAAAAUGCCUGAAAUCUGAUGAAAUCAAGAACAUGUUACUUUGCCCAAAGCUUGCGUCUAACUAUCUUCGUGUGACUGAUCUUCUUCCGAUUUACGAGAAAACUAUAAAUCAAGGUAAUUUCCUUAAGGCACAAGCUAACUUCAUAGUUUCAGAUGACCUUGAAGUAAUCGUCUCGCCAUCACUAUCCACAAUUACAAAGUUUAACACACUUGGCAUUCCUGUGGGUGAUAUUGAGGUUAUGGAAGUGUGCAUUGGUGAACAAGAGGCACUUCUAAUUCUCAAGGCUGCUCUCACCUCAACAUCAGCUUUAACUGAUUGCCUCUACUCAUUUAAGAAUGCAAAAUCAUUGAUUUAAAAGCAAAAUUUGGUUUAUUGAUGGGCAUGGUUAUAAGUUGUGAUCCAUCAAUUGUAUGUACAUGAGUGCGUGAUAUACUUAACUGUUUGCUAUGGAAUAAUGGUUGUAAAUCCUUUUCAAUCAUCAUUGUAGUAUUGUUCAGAAAUAAAAAAACAUGAUUGAUGUGUAA